GAAGAUAUGAAAACAAAGCGGGAUCAAGAGCAUGAAAAGUACUUGAAAGACAAGGAUUUACAAGUAGCAGCUGAAAAAAUAAAAUUAGCAAGAGCUGAAAGAGAUCUGGUAGAGCAAUGGCGACAAGCAAAACAGGAUGACAACGAUAAGAUUUUACGAAUCAAGGAGUUGGAGCUUCAAACUGGUAGGGAACAAUGCAUCAGGGAUGACAUGAAAACAAAGCGGGAUGAAGAGCAUGAAAAGUACUUAAAGUACUUGAAAGACAAGGAUUUAGAAAUAGCAGCCGAAAAAAGAAAAACGGAAGAAAAAAGAGCAAAAGCUGAAAUAGAUCUGGUAGAGCAACGCAGACAAGCAACACUUGAUAUCAACGAUAAGAUUUUAAAAAUCAAGGAGAAAGAGCUUCAAGUUGGUAUGCAACAAAAGAUAAAUGAAGAAAGAAGGUCUAGUAACGAAAGACAAGCCAUGAAAAUGAAACACGAUCACGAAAUCAAAUUGAAAAAGCUUGAAAUGGAACAACAAGCCAAAUCUGCUAAAUUGGAGGAGAGAAAGAUUAGAGUUGAGGAAAACAAAGCAAAUAAUAUGAAAGAUCUGCUUGCCAUCUUAAAACACAAAAACCAAAGGUGAUAAACAUACUUUGUAAUA